AUGGCUCAGGUCACGCUUAUCACGUUCUUGCAGCAGCCACUGGCGGCAGUUCCGGUCCACCCCCCACCCCAGCUAGGCCGCAACACUACGAAUCAAGCAUACAGCUAUCUCGACAUCCAAGGGCUCCAGAUCUGGCAGGGCUUUAAUCUCGAGACAAUUCUCCAGCAGUACCAAAAAUGUCUUGAACGGCGCGGUGAUCGCGGCUGA